AUGAGCUUAUGUUAUGAAUGUCCUAGAGUAUAUAAAUAUCUAUCAAAUACUGCUAACUCCAUUUACUAAGAUGUGAUACCUAUUGAUGGGACAAAUAUGAUUCUCGCUUAAUCUUAAAGCUUACAACAAUAAUCUAUGGUAUAGUUUGGCUUAUUCGAAAUGUCUACAAAUUCAUGUAUUCAACUUAUUACAACACUUACUUCUACACAAUAAGUUAUCUUCUCAUAAAGCUUAAAUUAAUUGUUUUCAUAUUAAGGAUUUUUGAACAUUAUAAAUAUGUAAACCUUUAAUGUCUAAAAUUUUUACACUCUUGACAUUACUAAUAUAGCAGCCAUUCAAAAAUCCUCUCUAGAUGACUCCCAAGCUAUUUUAGUAACUUACAAUUUUAUUUCUUAUUAUUUUAGCUUGAGUACAGGGUAAAUAAUCGGAAAAUAAUUUUCAACUUCUACGUCUUCUACAGUUAAUUCUUUUAUGAGUCAUGACCAUCAACUUAAAGACUAUAAAUUACUAAGUUAAGUUGGUAUAGGACGCAUAGAUCUUUAUGAUUUAGCUACUGGUAAUCUAAUUACAUCAAAGAUUAAAGGAGAUAGCUUACAAAUUGCAUGUAUUGUAGAAAUACCAAAUAGUAAUUAUUUAUUAGUUUCAUAUGGAACUUCGCAACUCUACCUAUGGCAGAUAUAAUAAAAUGUAGAUUAAUCUAUUACUCUAUAAGAGAUUCUUUCAUUAAAUCUGAUAAGAUAUAUUCCGUUAAAGAUGAACAAUUUUAUAGGAUAUGACGGUUAAACAUAUAUAGGACUUUUUACAGGUUAGGCAUAAAUAAAAUAAAAUAUUUAAUACAGUUAUAGAGAUAUAUAUUUACUCUAAUUUAUUUCUAAUACUUCUACUAUUUAAAUUAUAGAAGCAUAUCCAUUUUAUACAUAUUAAAAUUAGAAUAAUUUCAAUAACAAUUAGCAACCAAGUUAAAUUUCUUUAAACGAUAACAAUUACAUCUUACAAGCAUCAACUUUUAUUUCAUCUAGCUAGAGAGCAUAUGGAUUUUCUUUUGAUACUCAUUUAUUAUUUCCCUUCUUAGAAAAUAAGUUAAGCAAUCAAUGUGAUUUUGAUUUAGAUGGUUCAAUAGAUAAUUAUUGCAGAAUUCCUAUUAUUAUAAAUAAAAGUAACACAGAAAUAGCUCAGGCAUAUUAUAUUUUGAAUGAUGGAAAUAUCUUAGUAGCUGAUAAUAAUUAGAUUGGUUUCAGAAUUUACUAAAGUGCUAAUCUUCUAACUAAAUAAACUUUAAUUCCAGACAGGUUUUAUGAAAGGUGCUUAAAUUGUGUUCAAAGAAUUAGAUCUAUAAGCCCCAAUUAAAAUUCCAGCUCAAACGUUAAGGCAGUUAAUCAAGAUGAAUAGUUUGUUUUUCCAAAAAGGUUUGAUAUUACAGGUAUGGGUAGUGCAUUUGUGAGUAGCUGGCUAACUAACUAAGGCGCUUAUAUAUACGACUAUGUGCAUAAUAAUUUGAUUUCUGUUGAUUUAUCAUAACCUAUGAGCAACCCAAGUUAAAAAAUUUAUUUGAGUUGGAGUUUAACAAUAAGCUAUAAUUACAAUAAUUUGUUAUACUAUUGUCUUUCUUAUAAUAUUCCAGCUUAACAAUACAUAUAAAAAGGAUAUUUCAAUCAAGAUUUAAUUACAAAUUUGUAGCAAUACUUUACUUAACACAAUAUCGAAUGUUAUACAAUUAAUUAAUAAUUUUAAUUUUAAAAUCUAUUUUUGUUAAAGCAAUAGUAAUAGUUUAAUUAUCAGACUGCAAUUUAGCAAUAAUUUAAGUAAAUUUGCGAUGUAUCUUAAUCAACAACAGAGCUAAUUUGUAUAAAUGGUUAAAGUUAAUUAAAUAUUUGGUCUUUAGACACACUUUAAUACAAAAGACAAACUAUAAUUUCUUCUUGUUAGGCAACUUCCUAGUUGAUAUUAUAUUUAAACCAUAAUAUACCUUAUGUUAUUAUUAAUUGCAAAAACUAAUUGGUAAUAGUAGAUUCUACAAAUUUAUAAAACUCUUUUUCCAUCCUAUAAAGCAUGAAUGUAUAAAAUGUUCUAGUUUAAUAAUAAAUACUAUUUGCACUUAUUAACUAGAACUCCUAAGCCGUUAUACAAUUUUACAAUUUUACACAUAUUCUUUUAAACUCAAAAGACUCUCCUAUUUUAGGUUAGUUUUAUGAUUCUACUUCAACUUCUGCUUUAAUAGGUAUGGAUUAUCAAGUUUCUACUUAGACAUUAUACAUGGCUAAUCAGGAAACUUAAUAUGCAUUAAGUUCUAUUGAUCCCUAGUUCUAUUUUAAUAAUAUAUCUUCGUGCGAUUUUAAUAUAUAUUAUUCUUUUAAUCCUCAAAAUAAUUUAUUCUAAUAAAAACAGCAAUUAAUUUUAUAGAAUAAUAUUGGUUAUCCUUUGGCUUAUGGGAUAGGUUCCUAAAUAUCACCUUAUUCAAAUUAAGCUUAAAUUUUGGAAGGACUCUACUUUGUAUAAAACUUUAUUCAAAUGAUAGAUCUUUCUUUAAGGAAGAGCAAUUUCAUGGCUAAUAUUAAUCUAAAUAUAGACAAUUCUAAAUAAAAUCCUCUCAUAAAAUAGUUUUUUAGUUGGAAUAUAUAAACUGCUUGCUUGAUUAUUACUCCUUUAUAAACAAUACCAAAUAAACCUUCUGUUGUAAUUGUUUAUGAAGAAACAAUUAAUAUCUUAUCCUGGAAAUUUUUGCAAAUAAAUAAUAUUUAGUUUUUAAUUGACUAAUAUUCAACUAUCCAAAAUUUUGUUAGUUUAAACAUAGAAAGUGCAAAUUAGGUCAACAUCAAUUCAAUAUUUUUGCAUUUAAUACCACAAGGACAAAAUAUAAUUAGUAAAAACUUAAUAACAACUUAAAGUUGCCAAUAAGUAACAAUCACAAAUUAUCAAAUAGAUUCAUAAAAUAUAACAAGCACUUCUCCUUUAUUUUCUAUUUCUAAUUCUUAAAAUGCAUUGAUUUCUAAUAUUUCUAUAUCUAAUAGUUUUAUAGAAAAUUCGGUAAUAUUCAAUUCAGUAUUCAAUCUGAAUUCUCAAAUUAUUAAUAACUUAAUUUUAAAUAAUACUUUUUGCUCAUAUGCUCACUACUAAAACUAUCUCUAGCAAUAAAGUUCUCUCAAUAAUGCAUACUAAGGUUUUACUUUUACUCAUAAUUUUAAUAUACAAAAUUUAAAUAUUUCUAGCAAUAGUUUUUGUUAUAAUACUAAUUUUAUCUCAGGAUAAUCAGAAGAUUAGAUGAUACUGAUAAAUAAUAUUAAUAAUAAUAGUCUGAUUUAAAUAAAUCAGUUGUACUUUAUGAAUAACAAAUUCAUUAAUGGAUUAAUUCUAUAAAAUAUUUUAUAUGAAUAUACUUUAAAUUAGUAAAAUUAAUAUCAAUUAAUUGUUUAAGCCAACUUUUAAGCAAUACAAAUUUAAAACAAUUAACUGCAAAAUAUUUCUGUUCCACCUUCUUGGAGUGGAAAUAUUUAAUCUUAAAAUAACAGUAAGCAGUUAUAAUAUGUUCAAGAGAGGUAAACUAUAUAAUGUUCUUACAUUUAAGUAAAUUACAUCUAGUAAUUUUAAUUGACCUAAUCAAGUAUCUUGAAUGAGGUGCUUUGCGGUUUUGUUUCCUUAACACAAAUAUAUAACAUAAACUUAAAUAACCUAAACUUUAUAAACACAAAUAAGAGCAUAUCCGCCCUAAAUAGAACAAAUAGUUUGAUAUAUAUUUAAGAAUCAUCUUAGAUUUCUAUUUCUAAAGUAAGUUUAAUUAAUACAAACUUCUUGAACUGUAUUGCUAUUUACUUGGAUUUAGUGGAAUUUAAUACUUAGACGAUUAACAUCUCAAAUAAUACAUUCUAAAAUAUUAAUUUAACAUCAAGUCUAUAUUAUAUUUAAGUGAAUACAAUUUAUAUUUCUAAUGGCUAAUCAAAUUCUAAUAUUAUUCUUAAUGAUAACACAUUCUCUCAAAUCAUCGUAGCUUUUAGUACGAGCAGCUAAACUCUCUCAAGUAGUUGCAUAGCCUCAUAAAGCUUAGUAAGCAAUAUAACAAUGUCUAGAAAUACGUUUAAUGACACAUACUCUAAUAGUAUUAACGGAGCCUUAAUUCUUAAUGGUAUAAUUGUAGCUAUUUCUUCUAGUAUUUUUUCAAACAAUAUUUAUAGUAAUAUAAACUUAUAAACUUUAUCUUCUGACAUCUAAGUUAAUGGAGGUUUCUUGAAAACAAAAACAAGUUUUUUGAAUAUAACUAACACUACCUUUACAGAUUGUGUUACAUAGUAUGGAGCAGUCUACAUUACUCCUUCUGAUAUGAAUUUAAAUAUAACUUUCAUGAAUACAAACUUCAUUAAUUUGGUAUCUUUCUCUUCUGGCAGUGCUAUUUAUUUGUAAGGGUCACAGUCUUAACUUAACUUAAACAUUUAGUCAUCAUAUUUUUCAAAUUUAUACAGUUUUUACUCUUAAAAUUAUAAAGGAAGUAUCAAAGCUGCUAUAUAAAUAGAUGCAAAUUAAAACAAUAAUCAAUAUAAUAACUAAAUUCAACUUUCAAAUUUAACUUUAGAAAAUAUCUCAGGUGUAAGUGAUCUCCAAGUGCCUUCUUAUUUCUUUUCUGUAGGUUAGUCUAUAAUUUUAGCAAAUGGUAUAAAAGUUAAACGCUUUAUCUAAAAUGUUACAUCUUAUAUAGUAUUAUUUAAAGCCUUGCAGAUUUAUAGUAUUGUUUAAAUAUAUUCUUCUAUUUUUAAUAUUUUUUCUAAUUCAAUUUGCACACUUUACAAUAUAAAUAUUGAAGAACCUCGAGUUAAUGAUUUAACUCAUACUCUCCAAGAAGCUUCGAUUAUUCACCCUGUACUCAUAAGCUUAGUAUCUUAAUCAUCAUUUUUUGGAUAGAAUAUUACUUUAACAGAUCUCAAUAUUAAUGCUCAAGGUGGCAUUAUGUAUAUUCAAGAUGCUCCAUAAUACGAACUAGCUAACUUUACUGCUAAUAACUCUAAUUAAAUUUAUGAUAGCUCUUUGAAUGUUAACAUUGGCUUACCUUUUUAAAAUAUUUGGAAUUCUCUUUUAAACUUCUAAAAUGUUUAAAAUAUAACAAUAGCAAAAGGAGCUGUUUUUUGCUCUGAUACUUUAUAGGCAGAAACUAAUAAGACUUUAUCUAAUAUGUGCUAAGGAAGGAUUUUACAAGCUUUUUAAUCUCAAAUAACGAUUUCAGAUAGCAUUUUUAAAAACUACGGUUACUAGAUUGGAAAUGGCACUGGUUUAUCUCUGGUCAAUAUGAAGGGAAUAAACACAAUUAAAAAUGUACUUUUCUAAAAUUUAAUUAGCUCUUAAACCGGAGGAGCUCUGUUUGUUUAUUCAAACUUUAACACUCAAAUAAACAAUAAUAUGAAUUUAGUAAUCAAUAAUGCUACUUUUUAAAACAACUCAGCUCAAGACUUUGGAGGAGCAAUAGCUUUUGAAAAUUCUCCAACUAACAAUGCUAUAUAAUCUAUUAAAUUGAACAUAACUAACUCUGUUUUUUAACAUAACUCAGCCAAAAUUGCAGCCUGCAUUUUUUAUAAUAAUUUUAUGCCAUCAAUAUAAAAUCAAUCUAACUAUUUUAUAGAUAACAUAGCUUAAAUGGGAAACAUUAUUUUUUCUCAGCCAAGAGCAAUUAAAUUAAUACCUUACCCAGACUUAUAAAAUUCCCUUCUAUCUAAUUCACCUCAAUAUAAAAAUUAUUUGAGAACAAACAAUACAAGACUUUAGUUACUUCAUGCAAGUGGUUAAGAAAUACCGACAUUAAUGUUUAAAUUAUAUUAUUAUGACUCAAUUACUGAAUCAGUUGAAAGUGAAAAAGAAGUUAUACUUUCCCUCUUAGAUGUAAAUAAGUUAUUUUCAUAAACACAAGUAAAUAUUUAACAGUACCCACAAUAAUUAGACUCAACUACUGAUUUAAAUAAUACUUACAUCCUUUUAGGAUCCACUAAUAUCUUUUAUAACUAGACAGGAAACUAUUUAUAUAUAGAUUUAAAUUUAUGGUCAAUCCCAGAGUCUGAUUUUGAUCUUAUAUUUAAUUUCAGUAUGAUUAAGAUACCAAAUUAUUAAAAUAAUAUUAUUCAAUAGUCUUAUCAAUAUAUAGCUUAGGUUUAUAAUAGAAACUGCACCUCAUUUGAAACUAUUUCUUAACCUUACAAUAUGCCAUCAGUCGGAUUAUCUUAAAGUGUUAUUUAGUGCAAUAAAUGCCCAAAUUUAACUUUUGCAUACAAUUAAUAAAUUUGCUAAGAGUGUCCUAUGGGAGCUACUUGUAAGUAGGAUCAAAAUAUUAUUGUUUAGGAAGGCUAUUGGAGAAGGUAAUUUGACACUUAUACUAUAUUAUCAUGUGAUAAUAACUUUCAAAGCUGUAUAGGUGGAGAUUCUGUAGGAAAUAAUCUCUGCAAGGAAGGUUAUAUUGGAGCACUAUGCUAAGAAUGUGAUCUUUUUUCAGAUUAUUGGUCAGAUAAUUAUGCUAAAUAAGGCUAAUAUAGUUGUGUAAAAUGCAAUUAAAUGAUUCUAAGCUAUAUAUUCUUGGUACUGUUAAUUAUCUUUACAGUAAUACUAGCUGUAGUUUCGAUGCAUUCUAAUGCAAUUUUCAUAUACAAAAGAGUAGCCUAGAGUAUUUUAUGGAAAUUCAGAAAGAGAUAGAGCUUAAAAAAGGGUGAAGAUUAAGAUUAGUUUGAGAAUGAGUUUUUAACGAGAUAUGCACAAAAUUCUAACUCAUAAAGUUCUUAUUUCAAAAUAAUUGCUUCUUACUUGUAAAUUUUAGGGUCGUUGAGUAACUUCAAUAUUAGUAUUCCAUCGUUCUUUCCUUAAGUACUCAAUUCUUUUGGCAAUCCUAUUAAAGUAUCUAUAGAAAGUAUGGAUUGUUUGUUGAAAAAUUAUUCUAGAACCUGGAUUGGUAUAAUAAGGCAUAAACUUAAUGAGCUGUAUACAAAUUGGAGACUAAUCAUAUAUUCUAUCAAAUUUAAGUGA